GAGAGAGAGAGAGAGAGAAACUCAAGUAAUACUGCUGAAGACCACGCGCUGCUGAAGACGGAUGAAGGCACGCGACAUGUCUCGAGGAUUCAGGUGCGCGUGGAUGCGUCCCAGGUGUCGCGCUCGCACAUCAUGGCUGAGAUAAACGCGGAGGUAGCGUCAGCCGGCAGCAGAUGAUAUGCCAGUGCUCACGCGAUGUGGCACAACAUGGCACGCGUAAAGAUGGGUCUCCUCGCUCUCCUGUGUCUCCCCACAUGUCUCUUCCGCGUCCUCGUGCUCUGCCACAGCAGCAGUAUUUCGGAGCGCUCGGUGGUCCCGCGCGCCGCGGCCCGGUCCGUGGCCCGCAUGGACGGAGACGUGAUCAUCGGCGCGCUCUUCUCCGUCCACCACCAGCCGUCCGCGGAGAAAGUGGCCGAGAGGAAAUGCGGGGACGUCCGCGAGCAGUACGGCAUCCAGAGGGUGGAGGCCAUGUUCCACACGCUGGACCGGAUCAACGCAGACCCCGACCUGCUGCCCAACAUCAGCCUGGGCUGUGAGAUCCGGGACUCCUGCUGGCACUCCUCCGUUGCCCUGGAGCAGAGCAUCGAGUUCAUCCGGGACUCCCUCAUCUCCAUCCGGGAUGAUAAAGACGGGUCCAAGUGGUGUAUCGACGGAACCCCGUCCAACCAGCCGCCCCCCUCCAAGAAGCCCAUCGCAGGAGUGAUCGGACCAGGAUCCAGCUCUGUGGCCAUCCAGGUGCAGAACUUGCUGCAGCUCUUCAACAUCCCGCAGAUUGCGUACUCGGCCACCAGCAUCGACCUGAGUGACAAGACCUUGUUCAAGUACUUCCUGAGGGUCGUUCCCUCAGACACGCUCCAGGCCAGGGCCAUGCUGGACAUCGUCAAGCGGUACAACUGGACGUAUGUUUCUGCAGUGCACACAGAGGGAAACUACGGGGAAAGCGGCAUGGAGGCUUUCAAGGAGCUGGCCUCUCAAGAGGGCUUGUGCAUCGCCCACUCAGACAAGAUCUACAGCAACGCAGGGGAGAAACACUUCGACCGCCUUUUGAGGAAGUUACGGGAGCGUCUACCUAAAGCUCGAGUCGUGGUGUGUUUCUGCGAGGGCAUGACUGUCCGAGGUCUGCUGAUGGCCAUGAGGCGACUGGAGGUGCACGGGGAGUUCCUCCUCGUCGGCAGUGACGGCUGGGCGGACCGGUACGAGGUGGUGGAGGGUUACGAGCAGGAGGCGGAGGGGGGAAUCACCAUGAAGCUGCAGUCGGAGGUGGUCAAGUCCUUCGACGACUAUUACCUGAAGCUCCGUCUGGACGCCAACACCAGGAACCCCUGGUUCCCCGAGUUCUGGCAGUACCGCUUCCAGUGCCGCCUCCCGGGGCAUCCGCAGGAAAACAAGAACUACAAAAAAGUCUGCACCGGAAAUGAGAGUCUGCAUGAAAACUAUGUUCAGGAUAGUAAGAUGGGCUUUGUCAUCAAUGCCAUCUAUGCCAUGGCUCAUGGCCUCCAUGAUAUGCACAAGGAGUUGUGUCCAGGUCAGACAGGGCUCUGCGAAGCCAUGGACCCCAUCGACGGGAGCAAACUGCUGGACUACCUGCUCAAGACGUCCUUCAGAGGAGUCUCGGGGGAGGAGAUUUAUUUCGAUGAGAAUGGAGACACUCCGGGCAGGUACGACAUCAUGAAUCUUCAAAACGUGGGCGACGAUCGCUACGAUUACUUGAACGUGGGGUCCUGGCACGAGGGCAUCCUGAACAUGGACGACAACAAGCUGUGGAUGAACAGCAGUGACAUGGUCCGCUCUGUCUGCAGCGAGCCCUGCUCCAAAGGACAGAUCAAGGUGAUUCGGAAGGGCGAGGUGAGCUGCUGCUGGAUUUGCACCACAUGCAAAGACAAUGAAUAUGUCCAGGAUGAAUUCACCUGCAAGGCGUGCGAGCUGGGAUGGUGGCCGGAUGACGACCUGGCAGGCUGCCAGCCGCUGCCUUUGAAGUAUCUUGACUGGGCAGACGUGGAAUCUAUAGUGGCCGUGGUUUUCUCCUGCGUGGGCAUCCUGAUCACCUCCUUUGUAACUUUUGUGUUCAUCCAAUACCGCGACACCCCGGUGGUUAAGUCCUCCAGCAGAGAACUCUGUUACAUCAUCCUCGCAGGCAUUUUCCUAGGCUACAUCUGUCCUUUCACCUUGAUCGCUCGUCCCACAGUGGCCUCCUGCUACUUGCAGCGGCUCCUCGUGGGCCUUUCAUCCGCCAUGUGCUACUCUGCCCUGGUGACCAAGACCAACCGCAUCGCUCGCAUUCUGGCCGGCAGCAAGAAGAAGAUUUGCACCAGGAAACCUCGCUUCAUGAGCGCCUGGGCCCAGGUGAUUAUUGCCUUUAUGCUGAUCAGUGUGCAGCUGACGCUGGAGAUCACCCUCAUCAUCUUGGAGCCUCCCGAGCCCAUCAAAUCGUACCCGAGCAUACGUGAGGUCUACCUCAUCUGUAAUACUAGCAACGUGGGCAUGGUGGCGCCGCUGGGCUACAACGGCCUGCUGAUCAUGAGCUGCACCUACUACGCCUUCAAAACCAGGAACGUCCCAGCCAACUUCAACGAGGCCAAAUACAUCGCCUUCACCAUGUACACUACCUGCAUCAUCUGGCUGGCCUUUGUGCCCAUCUACUUUGGCUCCAACUACAAAAUCAUUACCACGUCCUUCUCCGUCAGCCUCAGCGUCACCGUGGCGCUGGGGUGCAUGUUCACGCCCAAGAUGUACAUUAUCAUUGCCAAGCCUGAGAGGAAUGUCCGAAGCGCCUUCACCACGUCCGAUGUGGUGCGGAUGCACGUGGGAGACGGAAAGUCUGCAGCUCAGUGCGGGACCAACAGCUUCCUCAACAUGUUCCGCCGGAAGAAGCCUGUAUCUGGCAAUGCCAAUUCUAAUGGCAAGUCUGUGUCAUGGUCUGAAUCAGGUGCAAGACACCCUCCGAGGGGGGGGAAUGUGUGGCACAGACUGUCUGUGCAUGUGAGGAAACAGGAAGCCGGCUUGAAUCAGACGGCGGUCAUCAGGCCCCUAACUAACACCCCCGACCCCCACAGUUGUGAGCCCUCCAAUUGCGACCUUGGCACAGACCCCCACCUUCCCCAAGAAACCCCCAGCACUAAGAAUCUGUACAACCUGGCGGAGGACGACGACGAGGGCGCCGCACAGCCCCCCCCCUGGACUCAGGCUCGCCCUGAACAGACGCCGGGGCCGGAGUCGCGCUCAGACAAGCCGCCCCCCCACUUGCCCUCGAGCUCGGCGGCGCGCUCGCGGGGCUCUCUGGUGGACACACACACUUCCCACGUCCCCGCACCCAACGACCACCACACGGCCAGGGAGGCCGCCCCCGCCAACGAGCCUCUGAGCCUGACGCCCUCUCGGCUUCUCUCCGCCCCGCGGGCGGGCGUGUUUGAAGAGGAGAGGGCCGAGGAUGAGGAGCUGGACCUCUUGCACAGCUACAUUUACGACGCCAAGGAGGAAGGGGAGGGGGAUUACGGGGACAGCGAGGAUUUAACUCAAAGCAAGCCGACUCUGGAGGAAUCGCUGGCUCUGUCUCCCCCCUCCCCCUUCAGAGACUCGGUGUGUUCGGGGGAGUCGGCCACCGGCUCCUCCAUCACCGAGUCCAUGUUCGGUAGCCCUCCAAGCUCGGUCUACACCUCAAACAUCCUCCGAGACUUUGCACACAGCUCCUCAACACUGUGAGAGCAACGCCGCCGCUGACACACAGGCUGUCAGCAGACUUGUGCUCCACACACACGCACACAAACAGACAUGCACACAUAUACACACACACACACACAAAACAGUAUUAUUUAACUUUUUAACUAUUAUUUUUCUGCGCCGACAUUCGCUUGCUUGUAUUUAUUAUUCUGCUUUUAUUAGUAAGUGGUUUCUUAAAACUGAGUAGAAAUAUAAGGAUUCUCUAGGAGUGCUUGCAUUUCUGAAGGGCUGUAAGUGUUUAAAAAAAAAAAAAAAAAGCCUUUCUGUCAAAUGUAAAAAAACUAGGAACAGUGCCAAAACUAGUCAGCUCUCAUACCAAAUUUUUGGUGAAUGAAGAGACAUAGAGAAUCACAAUAAGAGAUGUAGCCGUGGUUUUCACAGAGGCAGCGCAAUUAUCAACGGUCUGUGAGAAGCAGAGGUUCGGA